GAUUUCAGCGAUUGGUUCCCAGUCUGACGGUACCGAUGAGAAUUUUCUAUAUCUAGCAAACCAGCUAGAUUUCUACGGAGCUCGAGAAAAUUGGAUACCACCAUGGUGAGAGUACAUAAUUCCGAGAUGGCCGGGUAAGAGACAAAACAUUACUCUUCUUACCACAAUCCCCACAGUACAAAUAUCCCUCCGCCUUCUCCUGAAUCCUCGGUCCGACAUGCGUUUCGCAAUUUCACUAAGCCUCAUCGCAAUGAGUUGCAUAACAUCGAUCUACUCGUUUGCAAUCGAAUUUCCUUCAGCCAUUGUGAAUAGCUUGGGUACCUGGGCCGCAACCGUAACAUCCUCGAUCAAGGUUUUAUCAAAUCAAGGCAGCUGCACCACGUCGUCUGGCUCAUUGGAUGGCAUUUCAUGGGUGUAUCAUGCAUCUGGACGCAACUGUGUCACGAAAUCCGAAGCGUAUCUUAUUCAAAGGGCUAUAAAACACCACCUGGAGACAGAAGAUGGUGGACUGUGCGCCACGGAAUGUCUUGACCUUACUGACUCAGGUGCAUGGAACGGCUACCUCCUUGCUGGGCCAACAAGCAACUUUGAUAGUUCCAUGUAUUGUGGACCGACAAUAUCCUUCGAAACAUGUACAUCUGGAGGAAAAAAUGACCUGUAGAGCUAAUCAGAACUCUCACUGGGACGGUGCAUAAUAUAUCGGAAUUGGAAUUAUAGAAUAUCCCACCAAGCUUUGCCGCGUUUGCUUCCUUCUAUUGGGGAUGGGGGGCUGGCAGCGUGGUUGAGGCGUUAGUGAUGAUGAGAUGUUGCCAGAGAUUCUAAGUUGGUAUGUCAAAGCUGGACAAAUUUCUCGUUUUGUCUCAUCAAUGGGAUUGAAAAAUGUUGGAAUUCUUUAGAGCAGCCUUUUCAGCGUUUCUAGAUACAAUUAGCCUGAAAAACUUAACUUUCUAAAAGAUCUUCUAGUAUUAAUCUCCGAAUCUGCUUGAUUAAACCA